UUGUCUUCUUCCUAUAUCUGUACCUUGCAGCUUACUUUUAUAUAUAUAUAUUUAUAUAUUUAUAUAUAUAUACCUCUCACCACCUUAACUACCUUAAAUCUGUUAUUGCCUCUCUCAUGCUUUAACUGAAGAAAAUUUGAUAGGUUUUUCAUAAAGUUUGGUGUGAAUGAUGAGAGAGAGAUCAAUGGUGUUGAAAAACAACUUCUGGGUUCUUGUUUUUGCUCUACUCCUAUUUGGAUUUGCAGCUAAUUUUCACACUGCAAAAGGCACUCCUAGGCCUAGGCCUCGGCGGAUUCUUUUAGAUACUGAUGUUGAUACAGAUGAUUUCUUUGCUCUGCUCUACCUUUUAAAGCUUAACAGAUCAGACUUUGACUUAGAGGGAGUGACUAUCAACACAAAUGCCUGGAGUAAUGCUGGACAUGCUGUGAAUCAGCUCUAUGACAUUCUUUACAUGAUGGGGCGCGAUGAUGUCGCUGUUGGAGUUGGCGGCGAAGGAGGAAUACUUAAAGAUGGUACCAUUCUUCCAAAUGUUGGUGGAUAUCUUCCUAUAAUAGAACAGGGUGUUACAACCACUGGGGGAUGUAGAUAUAGACAAGCUAUCCCAGUUGGUAUUGGAGGUCGUAUGGAUGUUGAUACAAAUUUUGGCAUUAGAAAAGCUUUUCUUCCUCAGGGGAGCAGGAGAUAUAGACCAACUACUCAACCAACUACUCAACAGGUUAUGUAUGAUAAAAUAUCUGCUGGUCCUAUAACUGUUAUGGCUAUAGGAGCACAUACAAACUUAGCCAUUUUCCUUAUGAAAUAUCCACAUUUGAAGAAAAAUGUGGAGCAUAUUUAUGUCAUGGGGGGUGGAGUGAAAUCAAAGAACCCGACAGGUUGUUGUCCCAAAAAUUCUACUUCAUGUACUCGUCAGCAAUGUGGCGAUCCUGGCAAUUUGUAUACAGCCUACACUAGUAAUCCUUAUGCAGAGUUCAAUAUCUUUGGAGACCCUUUUGCAGCAUAUCAGGUGUUUCAUUCUGGUAUUCCUAUCACACUCAUCCCUUUGGAUGCGACGAACACUAUUCCUAUCAAUAAGGAAUUUUUCGAUACAUUUGAGAAGACUCAGAAUACAUAUGAGGCACAAUAUACUUUCCAAUCCUUGAAGAUGGCUCGUGACACUUGGUUUGGUGACCAAUUCUACACGAGCUAUUUCAUGUGGGACUCCUUCACAUCCGGUGUGGCUGUCUCAAUCAUGAGCAACUUAAAUAAAAAGAAUGGUGAAAAUGAGUUUGCUGAAAUGGAAUACAUGAACAUAACAGUUGUUACUUCAAACAAGCCUUAUGGGAUAUCAGAUGGAUCCAAUCCAUUCUUUGAUGGCCUGAAAGUUCCCAAGUUCAACUUAAAGAGAGGUGGUGUUCAUAGUGGUCAUGUCCAAACAGGACUUGAGGAUCCAUUUUGCAUUGCCAAGAAUAAUGGGAAAGGGAGAUGUAAGGAUGGUUAUACAGAAGUGGUGACUGGACCUGAGGCGGUUCGAGUUCUUGUUGCAACAAAAGCAAAACUGAAUCCAGAUCCUAACAGCCCACUUGACAGAACCUUUUACAAAAGUUUCUUAAAUGUGUUAAAUGCUCCUCAAAACAGUGGAAGAUUCAAUUUCACAACACAGUUUCCAAACUACAAAGAAGUUCUUUACAAACCAGAUUUGAAAAAAAGAAGACUAGGAAAACCAGUUGUAUUUGACAUGGACAUGAGUGCUGGAGAUUUUCUAGCUCUGUUGUAUCUUCUGAAAGUUCCACUUGAAGUCAUCAACCUUAAGGCAAUAAUAAUAAGCCCAACUGGGUGGGCAAAUGCUGCAACAAUAGACAUUGUUUAUGACAUACUUCAUAUGAUGGGCCGCGACGACAUCCCAGUUGGUCUAGGAGAAGUUUUUGCACUGAACCAGUCUCUUCCAACAUUUUCUGCUGUUGGAGACUGCAAAUACAUUAAGGCCAUCCCACAUGGCAGUGGAGGAUUUCUGGACUCUGAUACACUCUAUGGCCUUGCUCGAGAUUUACCAAGAAGUCCAAGAAGGUAUACAGCAGAAAAUUCUAUCAAGUAUGGAGCUCCUCGCGAUACAGAUCAUCCUGAACUAAGGCAACCACUAUCACAGGAAGUAUGGGAUUCUGUACUGAAGACACUUGAUCCUGGUUUAAAGAUUACAGUGCUCACCAAUGGACCCUUAACCAAUCUAGCCAAGCUUAUUUCAUCUAACAAGAAAGCAAGCUCUCUAAUUCAACAUGUAUAUAUAGUUGGAGGACAUAUAAGCAAUGGUCAUAUGGACAAAGGAAAUUUGUUUUCAGUUCCUUCAAAUAACUAUGCAGAAUUCAACAUGUUUCUUGAUCCUUUGGCUGCAAAGACAGUCUUUGAAUCAACACUUGACAUCACACUCAUUCCCCUCAGUGUCCAGCGCAGCGUCAGCUCAUAUAAAAAGAUCUUGAAAAAGUUGAGCAAGACAAAAACCACAGCUGAGUCUCGGUUCGCACUGCGUUUGCUGUCAUUGCUACAUCUUUUGAAACAAAAUCAUAGUAGAUAUAACCACAUGGAUACUUUCUUGGGGGAAAUCCUUGGUGCAGUUUUCUUAGCUAAUGAUCAUUCUCAACUGAGUCCAUCAUUGCAAGUCAAACCCAUCAAAGUCUAUGCUCAUGGGAUUGAAUCAAAAGAUGGGCAAACUUGGAUUGAUGUAAAGAAAGGAAAAUCAGUCAAAAUAUUGGAGAACAUUAAUGACACUGUAUAUUAUAAUGUGCUUGCAAAACAGCUCAGUUAUGAGAAGCAGUCUGCUGUCAUAGCAAGUUUUGAUGAACAAAAUAAACAGUGAAAUCAGCUAUCAGUUCAUAAGAAAACACAUCAAUGAUUCUAAAUAUUAUUACUAUUAUUAGUUAUACAGUUUUUAUUUUUUGACAUAAUA